GAGCAUGUGUCAAAGACAGGGGUUGGGUGAGUCACUUAAUGUUUUGCACAGAAGAAAGAAUUAGCCAAUGAGGUAAAAACCAUGAUGCAUAAGUGAGAAGGACAGUCUAUAUACAGAAGUAAAUAAGAGGCUGAUUGCCCUACACUACAGCACGGGACCGAGAGUCAUGCAGGACAACCUUAAGAAGAAUACUUAGGAGUGAACACUUCAAGAAAGUCUCCAUUGAACUUUGCUAGAUUAAGAACCAAGAUCUUUCAAAUGCAACAGCAUUAUUGUCUUAUUGCAGAUAAAGCAACACUACCUCCGACUACAGAAGAAUAGAAAGAUUGGUGACCUAAGCACAUAACAUCCCUGAAGAUGUCAAUGAAUAAUUCUCCAAAUAUAUUCUUGGAGCCAAGUCCAAAUAGGUUUCAAGUUAAUGUAAUUAACGAAAGCCAUGACAAUAAUGCAACACCCCAAGAGGAUGCCGAUCCUCCACAUUAUGAAGAAACAUCAUUUACUGAAGAAGCACAUGGCAGACACAGGAUCAGUCACAGGCCUGGAAAUAGAGCAUUUUAUGAAAAUUUUCUUCAAAAUGGGGAUACUGUUAAAUCGGAUGGAAAUUUACAUCCCUAUGAUACUCAUAGUAACACAUAUUACUUAAAAACCUUUGGCCAUAAUACAGUGGAUGCAGUUCCUAACAUUGAUUAUUAUCGAAAUACUGGCAGCAUCAGUGGGGCCAAAAUGAACAGACCAAGCUUGUUAGAAAUUCAUGAACAACUGGCAAAGAACAUAGCAGUGAAUCCCGGUUCAAUCGAGAGAGUUACUAAUGGAGAUGGCACUCCAGGAGAUGAAGCAACAGCCAACAAGGAAGAAGAAGGCAAAGGGGGAUUUGUGAAGUUUGGAUGGGUGAAAGGUGUGCUGGUGAGAUGCAUGUUGAAUAUCUGGGGUGUGAUGCUUUUCAUUCGACUGUCCUGGAUUGUAGGUCAAGCUGGAAUUGGUCUUGGAGUUGUCAUAAUUCUUCUUGCCACCACAGUAACCUCAAUUACUGGGUUGUCAACUUCUGCAAUAGCAACUAAUGGGUUUGUCCGUGGAGGUCUUGGAAUCAUGGCUAUUAUGCUGAGUGUGGUAGUAACAACAUUAACAGGUAUCUCAAUGUCUGCCAUUUGCACUAAUGGAGUAGUAAGAGGAGGUGGUGCUUACUAUCUUAUCUCAAGAAGUUUAGGACCUGAAUUUGGAGGAUCAAUCGGACUUAUCUUUGCCUUUGCCAAUGCUGUAGCAGUAGCCAUGUAUGUAGUUGGAUUUGCUGAAACUGUUGUAGAGCUACUUAAGAGCAGUGGUGCAUUGAUGGUGGAUGAAUUCAAUGACAUCAGAAUAAUAGGCUCCAUUACUGUAGUUGUUCUUUUAGGCAUUUCUAUGGCUGGUAUGGAAUGGGAAGCAAAGGCACAAGUAAUUCUUCUGGUCAUUCUUCUUAUUGCCAUUGCAAAUUUCUUCAUUGGGACAGUCAUUCCGACCAGCAACGAAAAGAAGGCCAGAGGCUUUUUUAAUUACCAAGCCUCAAUAUUUGCAGAAAAUUUUGGACCAGAUUUCAGAGGUGAAGGAUUUUUCUCGGUCUUUGCCAUUUUUUUCCCAGCAGCUACUGGCAUUCUCGCAGGGGCCAAUAUCUCAGGAGAUCUGGAGGACCCACAAGCUGCUAUACCCAAAGGAACAAUGUUGGCCAUUCUGAUUACAACUGUUGCCUACCUAGGAGUUGCAAUAUGUGUAGCUGCGUGUGUUGUACGUGAUGCUACUGGGAACAUCAAUGACACAGUUGUAUCUGGAAUGAACUGUAAUGGGUCCUCUGCCUGUACCCUUGGCUAUGACUUUUCCAGCUGUAAAGCCCAGGAAUGUCAUUAUGGGCUGAUGAACAAUUUCCAGGUUAUGAGCAUGGUUUCCGGCUUUGGGCCUCUAAUCACUGCAGGAAUCUUUUCUGCGACCCUCUCAUCAGCUCUAGCCUCACUUGUCAGUGCACCCAAGGUUUUCCAGGCUCUUUGCAAGGAUAACAUCUACAAAGCACUCCACUUCUUUGCUAAAGGACACGGGAAGAACAACGAACCACUCAGAGGAUACAUUCUGACUUUCAUUAUUGCUAUGGCAUUCAUUCUGAUUGCUGAACUGAACACCAUUGCUCCCAUCAUCUCCAACUUCUUCCUGGCUUCAUACGCGCUUAUUAACUUCUCCUGUUUUCAUGCAUCAUAUGCAAAAUCUCCAGGCUGGAGACCUGCAUUCAAGUAUUACAACAUGUGGGUGUCACUUUUUGGAGCCAUGCUGUGCUGUGGUGUCAUGUUUGUCAUCAACUGGUGGGCAGCUCUCAUCACUUAUGCCAUUGAGCUUUUCCUCUAUAUUUAUGUGACAUACAAGAAGCCAGAGGUAAAUUGGGGCUCAUCUGCACAGGCUCUUUACUAUGUUAAUGCAUUAGACAGUGCACUGGAAUUAACUGCUGUAGAAGAUCAUGUGAAAAACUUCAGACCCCAAUGCAUAGUAUUAACAGGAGGACCCAUGACAAGACCUGCUCUGUUAGACAUCACACAUUCAUUCACAAAGAACAAUGGUCUCUGCAUCUGCUGCCAAGUAUAUACGGGACCGCGCAAGCUGUGUGUUAACGAGAUGAACAGUGGCAUGGCAAAAAAGCAGGCCUGGCUUACAAAGAACAAAAGAAAAGCAUUUUACGCUGCAGUGGCAGCUGACAGCUUUAGAGAUGGAGUCAAAAGUCUCCUUCAAGCCUCGGGUUUGGGUAGGAUGAGACCAAAUACCUUGGUGUUGGGAUUUAAAACAGACUGGCGGGAUGCGUCUGCUGUGCAAAUUGAAAACUACAUGGGUGUUAUACACGAUGCAUUUGAUUUUGAGCUUGGCGUGGUUAUUGUCAGAAUUAGCCAAGGCUUUGAUAUAUCUCAAGUCCUCCAGGUUCAAGAGGAAUUAGAGAAGUUAGAGCAGGAGAGGCUGGCACUAGAAGCUACCAUUCAAGACAAUGAAUUUGAAGAAGAAAGUCAUGGUAUCCGUGGAUUGUUUGACAAAGCCAGAAAGCUCAAUAUUACCAAGCAUGUAACCAAAAAAGACAGCAGCAUUAACACAAUCCAGUCUAUGCAUGUGGGUGAAUUCAAUCAGAGGCUGCUAGAAGCCAGCAAUCAGUUUAAAAAGAAACAAGGGAAAGGAACAAUUGAUGUUUGGUGGCUGUUUGAUGAUGGAGGUUUAACACUCCUAAUUCCCUAUAUUCUGACUAUGAGGAAAAAGUGGAAGGAUUGUAAAUUAAGGAUCUUCACUGGAGGAAAGAUCAACCGGAUCGAAGAUGAGAAACUAGCGAUGACUUCACUUCUAAGCAAAUUCAGAAUAAAAUAUGCUGAUAUUAAGAUCAUUGGCAACAUCAAUAUGAAACCCAACAAAGAGAGCUGGAAAUUCUUUGAAGAGAUGAUUGAACCAUAUCGCCUCCAUGAAAGCUGCAAAGAUUUAACAACUGCUGAGAAAUUAAAAAGAGAGACUCCAUGGAAAAUUACAGAUGCAGAGCUGGAAGCAUUCAAGGAGAAGAGUUACCGUCAGGUCCGUUUGAAUGAACUCUUACAGGAACACUCUAGGGCUGCUAAUCUCAUUGUCCUGAGCUUGCCAGUGGCAAGAAAAGGAGUAGUGUCUGAUCAUCUGUAUAUGGCUUGGUUAGAAAUUCUCUCAAAGAACCUGCCUCCAAUCUUACUGGUCAGGGGCAACCACAAAAAUGUACUAACUUUUUACUCCUAGAAAAAUAUAAAUACCUAGAAUACAGUAUGUUUGAUUUCAACACAGGUAUUUUUAAAGAUGAAGCCAUACUAAAGAGACACUAUUGAAUAGUUUAGACACAGAAUUUUACUUAUUGAUGGAGAAUGUCCUCCAAAUCAUAAAUAUCCUGUUUUAAAAAAACAACUAUGUGCCACAUAUCUGUCACCAAAAAUUUGAAAAGCUACUAUUUAUAUAGAAUCUAAAAUGAUUUGGGCUUUGUUACUGAAGAGACAAUUAACAGGAGGGGCAGAAAUUAUUUAAACAAACACUACUUUCAGAACUGUGCUGACAUCGCUGCUGAUUCCUAUACAUGAAGAAUGACAAUAACAUCAACCCAUAUUGACAAUAUCUCUGACGUUUCACUGCAUUUGACUAAAAAUGAUAAUUUAAUGUAAUAUAGAUAUAUACCUUAAAAUAGUCUGUUUAAGCUGCCUUUCCCAAUUAUAUCAUUUCUCAAAUUACUGACUAUAUAAAAAUGUACUACGUCCAACACAUAUGCUGUCUCUUUGAAUGUAUGCAUCUAUCUUAGACACCUACCAAAUAUAUUUGCCAGUUACUCAUAAGACAUUAUUUGCAAACAGUUUCUAACCAACUAACUGCCAAACAGAAAAGUUAGAUUUAUGGAAAAUUAGUUUCUAAAUUAUAAUAGCUGAUCAUGAAUUUUAAAACUAUUGCAUGGAACCAAAUUAAAUGUAUAAUUGCAAUAAUCAUAUAUGGUUAUGAAAUAGAUUUCAAAGUGAAGUUAAUGAAAUACUGAAGUAACAUUCUGUUAAGAUUUGUUAUGAACAUUGUGGUUUUCCCAAAUGUAUACUCUCAUAUGAUUUAGAGGAUCACAUUUUAUACUGAUUUGGUAAAUUGCAAAAGAACUUAUAAUAAAAUAAACAUAACAUUUACUCUUUAGUUGAAUGUCUUAAUUUUCCUGCUCAAAAGAGAUUAUUCCUUUAAUUGCUAGGCUUUCUAAAGAACAUCUGUUAAACAUUUUAACCUGAAAUAAAUAAUUGAAGUCCACUAAA